GCCCCAAACAAGAGCAAAUCAAUAAUGGAUUUUUCAAAUUCGUUCAGCAGCCUCAUUUGCUAUUCUGUAAUAGCCACAAUCUCCAUUGCUGUUCUAUACAUGCUCAGCAAGCCACGUGGACAGCGGCUGCCACCUGGACCGCGGCCCUGGCCGGUGAUUGGCAACAUCCACCAGCUGGGCAAGAGUCCCAACGAGUCCCUCUUCCAGCUGGCGAAGAUCCACGGCCCCCUCAUAACCCUCCACCUCGGAUGGCGGACAACUGUCAUCGCCUCCUCGCCCGCCAUGGCCAGAGAGGUUCUCAAAACGCAAGACCCGUCCCUGUCAGCACGCACAGUAAUCGAGGCCACCAAGUGUCUGUCGUACAGCGACCACUCGCUCGUGUGGAGCGACUGCGUGCCACGUUGGCGCACUCUCCGCCGCAUCUGCACCGCCGAGCUCUUCACCGCCAAGCGUCUCGAAGCCCUCCACCACCUGCGACGGGUCCAGGUCAGCAGCAUGAUGAGGGCCAUUUAUAAGUCCACGUCAGCUCCUGUGGAUAUCGGGCACGCUGCCUUCCUUACCAGCCUCAAUUUAGUGGGCAACAUGAUAUUUUCCAAGGACAUGUUCGAGUGGGAUAAGCCUGAGAAAUCUAAAGAAUUUAAGGAAGCGCUCUCUGAGAUGCUCGUCGUUGGGGGCACGCCUAAUUUGGCUGACUAUUUUCCUUUCCUUAGGCCUUUCGAUCCGCAGGGCAUAAGGAAGGAGCUCACUAAGGUUUUCGGGAUUAUGUUUGCAGUCUUCGAUCGCUAUAUCGAGGAGCGCCUGCAGAGCGGGAGAAGAUGCGAGGAUACAGAAAAGGAUUUUCUCGAUAUUCUGCUGGACAGUAACACCGAGAGCGGGAACAAAUUCACCAAAUUCGAGCUCACUUGCUUCUUUUAUGACAUGUUCACAGCAGGCAGUGAAACAACUAGUGCCACAAUUGAAUGGGCUAUGGCAGAACUCAUACAAAAUUCAAAUGUAAUGGAAACAGUGAAGGAAGAAUUGGACAAGGUAGUGGGGAAAGAAAGAAUGGUACAAGAAAGCGACAUUGACAACCUUCCUUAUCUCCAUGCAGUGAUUAAAGAAACCUUUCGUCUACACCCUGCUGCUCCCCUUCUAAUCCACCAUAGAGCCCAUAGCUCUUGUGAAAUAGAUGGAUAUGUUAUACCUAAGGAUGCUCAAGUGUUUGUGAAUGUUUGGGCCAUUGGAAGAGACCCUAAUGCAUGGAAAGAACCAGAAAGGUUCUUUCCAGAGAGGUUUAUGGAAUCAAUUGUGGAAUAUAAAGGGCAAAAUUUUGAAUUGCUUCCAUUUGGAUCAGGAAGGAGAAUUUGCCCAGGGCUACCUUUGGCUCAUAGAAUAGUUCAUGUAGUAGUGGCUACUCUUCUUCAAUGUUAUGAUUGGCAGCUUCCCAAUGGACAGAAUCCAAAAAAGUUAGAUAUGAGCGGAAAGUUUGGACUCACACUACAAAAGGCAGAACAUUUGGUAGCAAUACCCACACCUCGUCUACCACAUCAUAUCUAUAACUAAUUUCUACUUAGAAAGGGGGAAAUGUUGUUGCUGGUUAGGAAUUAUGACCCUAUUUAUUUUAUCCUAAUUAGUUACUUUUAUAUUAAGCCUUGUUAAUAAAUGCAUCAAGCAUAUAUAUUUUGUAAUUUGUCCCAUUUGCUAAGUUGGUUUAUCUCAAAUGCUUGGGGAGUAGUAGUUACUUUAGGUAGAAUUAUUAUAAAUAAAGAGUUUAAUAUUAGAAUGGAUCAUCAAUGAAUUAUAUUGUAUUGAACAUUACUCCCCCCUUGAAGAGGAAUGGAGUAUUCUAUAAUAUGAUUUCAUCAAAUCAAUAUAAUAUCAUUUCAAUAUUUAUUUU